ACUCUGAUUCUUCAUCGCAAUAACCGGCCUCCUCCUGGGACUAUCAGUGCCGUGACUUACAGGAUUGCUUUAAUAUCUUCUGGACGUUUUUUUUUUUCCUGUGCACACCACAGCAGGAAACCAGAGAUUUGGCGUGCACACGCUCCUGUAAUCUGCCUCUGGACUGCCUUACAAUUGGAAACUGGGGGCUGGGAGUGAGAGCCAGCAGGUGCCCUCACCAUGGUGUUGCCGCCCCCAGAUAAACGCCACGUGUGCCUGACCACCAUCGUCAUCAUGACCAGCAUGGCCUUCAUGGAUGCCUACCUGGUGGAGCAGAACCAGGGUCCCAGGAAGAUUGGGGUUUGUAUAAUAGUGCUGGUAGGGGACGUCUGCUUCCUAAUAGUCCUGCGGUACGUGGCUGUGUGGGUUGGUGCUGAAGUGCGUACAGCCAGAAGAGGAUACGCCAUGAUCCUGUGGUUUCUGUACAUCUUCGUCCUGGAGAUCAAGCUCUACUUUGUCUUCCAGAAUUGCAAGGCAGACAGGAAGAGCUUGGAGACAGUAGCCCGGAAGGCAUUGACGUUGUUAUUAUCAGUAUGUGUGCCGGGUUUGUAUUUGGUUCUAGUCGCUCUGGAUAGUAUGGAAUACGUGAGAACUUUUCGAAAGAAGGAGGACAUGAGAAGUCGUCUCUUCUGGGUGGCGCUGGACCUGCUGGAUCUGCUUGAUAUCCAAGCCAACCUAUGGGAGCCCCAGCGGACAGGCCUGCCCAUCUGGGCUGAGGGUCUGAUGUUCUUCUACUGCUACAUCCUUCUGCUCAUCCUGCCCUGCGUGUCGCUCAGCGAGAUCAGCAUGCAGGGUGAGCACAUGACGCCCCAGAAGAUGAUGCUGUACCCAGUUCUGAGCCUCGUCACCAUCAACGUGGUCACCAUUCUUAUACGAGGCGUGAACAUGAUUCUGUUUCAGGACAGCCGAGUUUCCACUAUUUUCGUCGGUAAGAACGUGGUGGCCAUCGCUACCAAGGCGUCCACCUUCCUGGAGUACCGCAGACAGGUGAAGGAGUUCCCCCACCCACAGAAUGCCAUGGCCCUCGAGCUGCAGCAGAACUCUGUGAGCCACACGCAGCCGCUGCCAAACGCCACCAGCUUGCCACAUGAACCUUCGCCGGCGCAGGACGUCAUCGACACAUGACCGCCAGCGCUAAACUGAGCCCCAUUAGAAAACUGACUGCUUUUUAUGUCAGCUUCAGGAGUGGAGGUAGAUAGAGAAAUCAGCUGCAUGACAGGAUGAUAUUCUGCUCUUGUCAUGCCCACAUGAACUGCUGUGAAACCAUAAAAGAGAUUUUCAGCAUCACCUGCCUGUCAGAACACACUAAACCUUCUCUAGACUCUGAGAGCAGCGCGGACUGUGAAAUCAAGUCAAAGGUUUUUAUUGUGCUAUUGUGUUUUUAAUUGUUUCCAAUGUUUUAAAAGUUCAAACUUUUAU